AUGUUCCAAGAAGCGUCCGUUUGGCACCGAGAUCGUGUUAUUAUUUGCUCUGUUUGGACGACAGAGCUUGUGAUAACGUUAUUUCCCACUGUUUGGUCCACUAGUUGUGUAACGCUCCAUGUCUCCGCUUCAGCGCUUGCUAGUUGUAAGGUGUCUAGCGACGGUAUGUCUUUGCCGUUGAAAACCUUGUCAUUCCUAGCUUUUUGUAGAGUGCAUCGCUCGGGAAAACGCUCAGAGUGGUCGGAAACUCAGAUAUGUUCCAUACUUGCAUGGCAGCUGGACAUUCGAAGAGUAAAUGAUUUACUGUUUCUGGGGCAUCUUCGCAUCGAGGGCAUAGCCGCUCUGUUCCACAAUGCCUAUCCACGAGACAAUUUCUCACCACAAUGCCUAUCCACGAGACAAUUUCUCACCGGUAAACAACCUGCCACGGAUUGCCACAUGAAGUGUUUAAUUUUUCGGGAGCUUUUUGUUGUCCAGACUCCGCAUUUUAAAGAGUUUAUGCUUCGUUCUAGGAGGUGUUGUGGUCCGAGUUGUUCCUUGAGUUGUGAAGCUAAAGCAUACCCGGAUUUCACUGAAUAUAUUCCUGAUUUGGUCUGUGCCCAGACUAAUCGGUCCAUCUGCAUCGUACCACUUAGCUUUAUGCAUCGUAUCCAUUUGAUCUCUUCAUUUGUGAAGAGUGUGUCCAAGACAUCACCUCUCCAUGUUUUUGAGCGAUGGUCUAUCAAAUGGUAUACCAACAGAUAUGGAUCUUUAAACCCUUCCUUGCCAACUAAUUGUCUCGGUGGUGUAACCGGAAUCCAUGCAUCGCUCCAUACUGCCGUGUUUGCCCCCGAUCCAAUGGACUUUCUUAGCCCUGCCUUGAGUAGGUCUCUGGCUGCAGUCAUACUUGUCCAUACAUAA